AUGCGCACGCUCCCCGCCCUGACGAUCGCACUGCUCGCGGCCUUCGUCCAUCGGUGCUGCCUGCGCAUGGCCGACCCGUUUGGCGAUGUCGCGGGGCUGCCGAUCGACGAGGCCCGCGCCGCGCUCUUCACCGGCGGCCCAAACGGCUCCACCUUCCCGGCGGCGCUGGUUGGGGUGUUCGAGUCCAACCGCCGGCUCCGCGGCGCGACGCUCCUCUUCACGGAGGAAGUGGUCGGGAGCGAGUGCGUCGGCGUCGCGCCCAACGGCGACCUCCUCAUGCUCGACCGGAACGGAUUUGUGUUCCGCGCCACGCCGCAGCAGCGCAAGGGCGGCGCCCUGGCGUACGAGCUGUCGAAGGAGCGGCACUACGUCGGCCCAGGCCGGCCGCUCGGCUUCCACGUCGCCGGCGAGUGGCUGUACGUCUGCUGCUCGCUCAAGGGCCUGCUGCGGCUCCACCUCGGCUCGGGCGCAAUCGAGCUGCUCUCGGGCGCAACGGGCUCGCCGCCCUCGCCGUUCGCGUACGCCAACGACCUCGACCUCGACACCUCCGGCGCCGUCUACUUCUCCUCCUCCUCCGACCACCCCGUGGCACUGCACCCGCUGGCCGGCUUCUACGACACGAUGCGCGGCCGACCUGCUCUUACUCCGCCGCGCGGCUACCUGCUCACCUCGCUGCACGGCGGCACGACCGGCCGGUUGCUGCGGUACGACCCGGCCUCUCGCCGCACCGCCGUGCUGCUGGAGGGCAUCUUCCGAGACACAGCAACACGCAUCUCGUACGCGAACGGCGUCGCGCUGUCUGCGGACGGCGCCUGGGUCGCCGUCGUCGAGACGAAUCUCAAUCGCGUCCUCCGCUUUUGGCUCCGCGACGCCGACUGCAGGGGAGGAGGCGGGGGCGGGGGCGGAGGCGCCUGCCCGCGCGCGGGCGACACCGACGUGCUCAUUGACAAGCUGCCAGGCAUCCCCGACGGCAUCUCCCGCGCGCCCGACGGCGGUUUCUGGCUCGCCCUCGUCGCGCCCCUCUCGCCGCUGCCGAGGCACCUCGCGGCGUGGCCGCGGCUGCGCACGCUGCUCUCGCACCUGCUGCCGUGGGUCGCCCCUUUCGCCGUCGGGUCCUGGGGCGCCGUCGUGAAGCUCGACGAGCGGGGCAGGCCCACGCCCGUCGAGGCGCUGUACGACCCGGACGGCUCGCACGUGGCGACGGUGAGCGCCGCCACGGAGGUGGGCGGCCGCCUCUUCCUCGGCAACCUGGGCGGCCGCGGCGUCUCGGUGCUGCAGCUCUGAGGCCUCGCCGUGCCCGGCACCUGGCGGCAGUGCACCGUUACCAGUGGCUGACUGGCACCCCGCGGCGGACCGGAGACGGCUCAGAGAGGAGCGCUCGCUCGCUGAGGUCGCUCUCACGAUCUCUGACUGUCUGUGUCUCUCUGUCUCUCGCGAGGGGGGUCGCGAGCGGUGUCGCGCGUGUGCGCCUCUGUCUACUCGCUACUGUCACGUCUGAGGACAGAGGAGAGAUGUCGGACGUCAUUUGGGAUGAUCUCGUCCCUGGAGCUUCUUAGUCGGUACACAAAAGUCACACACACUC